AUGUCAGAAAAGUAUUGUUGCAUGAUCAUGAGAAUAAACGUUGAUUGCAAUGCUUGUUGUAGAAAAUUAAGGAGAAUCAUUCUAAGGAUGAAAGUCAUAGAGAACCAUAUGAUAGAGAAGCAACAACGCAAGGUAUAUGUAUGUGGCAGAUUUGUACCAGCUGAUGUUGCAAUUAAGAUAAAGAAGAAGAUGAACCGUAGAGUUGAGAUCCUCGAAAUUCAGGAAUUCGAAGGCGAUGUUCAAAAUGAACAAGAAGAACAAGAAUAG